AUGCCAAACCACCACCUUCUCCGCAUUCUCUCCCCGUGUCUCUCCCUCUUCUUACUCUUCUUCUUUGGGAGCUUCCAUGGCGUCCUCUCCACUUUCUCGACCAUCUACGGCAACGUCUCAUCCUCAUCUCAAUGCGGCGAUAUCUUCAUCAAAUAUCCAUUCUGGACCGUCAGCAACGCUGCAGUACACCACGGCUACCCAGGUCUCGGCCUCAGUUGCUCGUUUGGCUCCAAUUAUCCGACUCUCUCUCUUACGAACCACACUUACUUCGUCACCAAAAUCAACUACAUUAACGAGACCCUGACUCUCGUCGACAUCGAUGCGGCCGACCAGAGGUGCCCUAGGGCCCGCCACAACCUCACAAUCGGCUCGCUCCCGUUCAAUUACAACUCCGCCAAUGUCAAUCUCACCUUCUUCUUCAACUGUGAUGCUCCUCCAUCGGUGUCGAGCCCCUCCUUGGACAUCACUUGCUUGCAAUCUGGUGAUAAGUGGUCGUACGUGUUCACAAACAUGAGCCAGGAGGAGGAAGCGGCGUUCGAUGAGGCAUGUCACUGUGAGGAGACAGUGGUGGCGGUGGUGAAGCGGACUGAGGUGACGGUGGGGAAUGUGACGGAGGAGUUCGCUGCGGCGAUGCAUGCAGGGUUCAUGCUUGACUGGGAAGCGCCCAAGGAGUGCAACGCCUGCGAGCUCUCCGGCGGUCGGUGCGCGUUCAACCGGAAUGAGCAGGUGAUGUGCUUCUGUGACGACGAGUCAAUCCACAACGACGGUUCGUCUUGCAAAGGUAGGGAUGAGAUUUGUUCAAAUAUAUGUGAUACUACAUGCUAG